UUGCUGUGGCAAUGGGAAAACGCUCCCCCUCUCACUUUCCACGGUCUCUUGGCAACAGUGCAACACAAGAUCAGAUGGACACAAAACCCGGAAAGGAUACAAACUUCUCGAGAGACCUCAAACAAAUUGAACUAUAAGGAUCGUGGACUAUAUUUUUCUAAUCUAAUUUAACAACUAAAAAAAGCAGGCUGGCUACCUCAGCAAAAAUGGAUACACUCUCUCUCCCUUUGCUGGAUAAGGAUGACCCGCGUUUUCAACUGAAAAUGGAAAACAGGCUGAAAAGUAUUUUUGUAACACAGCUGGAAGAGCAGGGUUUUCCUCAUAGCAAAGAAGAGGGAGAGAAUGUGAAACUCAUCCCCAUCAUAACAGAGUCAUCUAACAGAAUCCUGAAAACAAGUGUCAACACUCUCCAAAAGACAUUGAUACUGAGGACACAGGUGCAGCUGGAUGAUGUAAACAGGCAGCUAAUGCAGAAACGACUCCAGUUCAAAGAUCGAAUGCAGGCUCUGGAACAGAGAAGGGCAGCACUACUGGAAAAACAGGAAGAAACAAAAGAAAAAGCAAUGAAGUUUGAAAGGUUUGUGGAGGAUAAUGAGGUAAAGCGGCGACGUGCCCUGAAGAAAUUCCAGCUAGAGAAAAAAGAGAAUGAGCUCAGAGAGGAAGAGAAAUCCAACCUACAAAAAGAACUUGAGCAACUUCAAAUCAGGCAUCAACAACUAAAAGAACGUGUUGAUAAAUAUAAGAUUUAUGAAGAGUAUAUGGUGAAGAUUCUGGAAUUACUUCCAGAAAGUAAAAAAUCUUAUUCAGAGAAUGGCUCAGAUUCUUUGGUGAUGCCCAUCAUCAGACGCCACGAAACCCUGUCCAUCACUCAGCAGGACUUGUUGCAACGUCUCAGCAGCCUUUCAGAGGAACUAGACCAGGGCCGAUGCAACCUGGACUCAAUUACACUGGAGCACAAUACAAGCAAACUUAUGUCUACUAAGGAACUGUCAGAACAGCAGAGCCAAUGGGAACAAAUACGAGAAAUCAACAAACAACUGGAGAUGACCCUGUACACUCAGCAUGAUCAGUCCAGAGACCAGAUUGAGGAGAUUGGGACUAUUUUGCUAGCGGUGAAAAAUCUGGCGCAGCAAUGCCACCAGCAACACUAUGGACCUUUAAAUGAGAUGGACUUGCUGACCAUGAUGGACAUGAUAAAGGAGUUCAUUCUGGAGACAAUGGAUACAGAGAAAAGAGCAAUGCAACAGCAGAUAAGAGACUCCAGCACUUCAGAAGUGAUGAAAAGGAGCAGACACAGAGGAAGAAAAGGAACAGCAAUAACUGUAAACACGUCCAGAAAUGUUAACCUACAGAGCAAUAGCAAAACCAGCGAAAAUGAACUCCUUAGCUCCUCCAAGACAAUGCAAUAAAACACUAUUCAUAACACAAACUAUUGUGAGAUAAUAUACAAUCGCUUCAUCAAUAUAUUGUUUUUUUAGACAGUACAUUUUCAGCAAAAAUAAAUUCAAUUUAAUUCAUUUAA